GAACCAUGAAGAUGCACUUCUGCAUCCCGGUGUCCCAGCAGCGGCCGGACGCGCUGGGGGGCCGCUAUGUGCUGUACUCCGUGUACCUGGACGGGUACCUCUUCUGCAGGGUGCGCUACAGCCAGCUGCACCGUUGGAACGAACAGCUGAGGCGGGUCUUUGGAAAUUGCCUGCCAUCCUUUCCACCAAAGUACUAUCUCGCAAUGACCACAUCCAUGGCUGAUGAUAGAAGGGACCAAUUGGAACAGUAUUUGCAGAAGGUAACCAUGGACCCAAACAUGUUGAGAAGUGACGUCUUCAUUGACUUUUUAAAACUUGUACAGCUGGACACAUUUAGCAUCACUACCAAGACAGCCUCUCUGGAUAUAUUUCUGCCUGAUGGAAGGAAUAUUCAAAUCGAAAUUCUAACAUCAGAUACUGCUGAAAGAGUUCUAGAGGUGGUGUCACACAAAAUUGGACUGUGUCAGGAGCUCUUGAGCUACUUCGGCUUAUUUCUCAUUCGGUUUUGCAAAGAGGGCAAGCUCUCUGUCAUGAAAAAACUGGUGGACUUCGAACUCCCUUAUGUGAGUCUUAGAAGCGCUGGUGUGGAAAACUGCAGGGUUGGACUCAGGAAGUGGUACAUGGACCCAUCCCUUGACUCUAUGCUGAUGGACUGCCCGGCAGCCGUAGAUUUGAUCCAUAUGCAGGCACUACAGGACAUUGAACAAGAAUGGGCCAAACCCACACAGGCGCAGAGGCAGAAAUUAGAGGCCCUCCAGAAAGAAAACAACCAAACAAAGUUUUUGGAGCUGUCCCAGGAGGUACGGCACUAUGGAUGCCUGCAGCUGGACCCCUGUACCUGUGACUACCCAGAACCGGGCUGUGGGGCUGUCCUUUCUGUUGGCAAUGAUGAGAUCCACUGCUGCUUAACCCUGCCUGAUAACCAGACCCAGGAAAUCAUUUUCCAGAUGAGCAGAGUCAAGUGCUGGCAGGUCACGUUCCUAGGAACUCUGCUGGACACGGAUGGACCUCAGAGAACUCUCAACCAGAACUUAGAGCUCAGAUUUCAGUAUAGUGAAGAUAGUCGUUGGCAGUGGUUUGUUAUUUACACCAAGCAGGCCUUUUUGCUGAGUAGCUGCUUGAAAAAGAUGAUCUCAGAAAAGAUGGUAAAGCUAGCUGCAGGGAAUCCAGAAAUGAAGAAUCUAAGAACUCUUUCUCCUGAACCCUGCCUAGGUCAUGUUUACUGUGCCAGACACCGUUUGCUCUUACAGCAGAUUGAAGUUCCAGAACAAGGCAAAAGUAAAAAAUACCACAUUCAACAAAGCCAGAAAGACUCUUCCUAUUUUCUACCAAGAAAAAGCAAGAUUGAGAUAAGCAAAGCUGACUGUGUUUUCAGGACCAUAAAGGAAGAAGACCUGUGAUGAGAAACUCUCACUUUUAAAAGUGUCCUCUAGGGCUGUCUCAGCAGUGACAGAGCUUAGGAAGGAGUGGAAGAAAUCUGACCCCUUCCCAUUUUCUUUUGACACUAAGAUGGACAGUAUUGACUAGGAGGACUUCAGAACUCUGUUAAUCUCAAGAUUAAAAAGAAGUAUGAACCAAAAUUAUAUAGUUUGUUUUUAAGGACUCAUAAAUGACAAACGGCAAAUCCAAAUCAAUCAGUAUGAAGUUUGUUCUCCCCCUCCCCAAACCCCCCCACCCCCUCUCCAAAAGAUGUUUUCUUGGCUUAAUGAAGUCUUCUAUCUCUCUGUUCUGAUAUUACCUGAAGGAAAAGCUCAGCAUAGAACACUGUAAAUGUAUUCGGGGUUAGGCUCUGAAGACAUGACUAUCAUCUGAGGAAAAAUGUGGCUCUAAGAAAUGGAAUAAUUGAGAAAGAAAUCUGGACUUACUGAUCCAUCCACAGCACCAGAGCAAGGAAGUGAAAGUACUUAGGUUUCCUUACAUAAUUCUGUGUCUACCAAGACGGAUGUGCUCAAAGUGAUAGGCUGCCCAGUUCUCUGUCUCUCCAUCUUUGUAACCGUACUCUGUCUUUAGAAUAUGGAAUUCAGUUCGAUAAUCAUCAUGCUGUUUUGAAUCUUUUUACUUUGGGAAGAAGCAAGGGGUCCCUGUGCUCACGAUCAGAUACUAUGUAUGUCUCUUAGCUUCAAAACUAUGGAUGCAUUCUAAGUUUUUCCUUAUUUAGUUUCAGUUUAUCAUGAUAAUGAAUAUAAUUAUAUAUAGAAUUAAGACUGCAAGAAGGGGGAGAGACAGAAUAAUCUAUGUAAUGUAAUUAGGUAAAGUGCAAUAUUCUAAUAAUCUUUUCUAACUGGAUUGUGUAACUAAUUAUGUAAUAAACAUAUAUAUUCUAGUGAAUAGAAUAUUUACUGAUGAAAAUUCUGAGAAUGAUAUUUUUGAAGUGUAGAAUCUAUGAAAGUCCUGUAAUAUUUUAGCCAUAACUUCUAGUACCAUAAAGAUUUAUAUUUUAGGCAAGAGUAGGAUGUUUCUUGCAGGGGGGAUCCAUUAGCACCCCAGAUCAUCCACGUUGACUGUAUUAAUGAAUUAGAAUACAUUUUCAGAUUAAAAUAGAAGCUUUCCUACUA